UUCAUCACCACAGAUUCAGCAUUUGGUAAUUCUAUACUUCCUGUCCUACCUCGUAUUGAAAAAUAAUACUCAAUCAUGGCGGCGGGAACAAUGAAGUUAAAGCAUUUACAGCAUGCACUUGAAGAUAUUGAAACAUUUGAAAACCCAAAAAUUGAACUAGAACAAUACACUACAUCAUCUCAUAUUGCUGCUUGUGUUCUGCAUACAGCUCAAUUCGUGUAUGGUGACAUUACUGGUAAAUGUGUUGCUGAUCUAGGAUGUGGUUCAGGAGUAUUGAGUAUUGGUGCCGCUUUGUUAGGUGCUCAAUAUUGUACAGGUUUUGAUAUAGAUCCAUCUGCUCUUUCGUUGAGUGUAGAAAAUGCUGCUGAUCGUGAUGUUUUAGGCCAAUGUGAUUUUAUUUUAUGUGAUGUAAAAAAAAUUGAUAAAAAUAUGCAACUUAAAGCAUUUGAUACUGUUAUAAUGAAUCCACCUUUUGGAACAAGAGAAAAGGGAGCCGAUCUAGUAUUCUUAAAAAUGGCUUUAAGUCUUGCUACUAAAGCAGUAUAUUCACUCCAUAAAACAAGCACGAGAAAACGCGUUAUAGCCAUGGCAAAACAAUUGGGUGUUCAUUCUAAGGUUAUUGCAGAGUUAAGAUUUGAUCUACCAGCGUCUUAUAAAUUUCAUAAACAAAAUUCUGUUGACGUGGAAGUCGAUUUAAUACGUUUUGUAUUACCAUAACUAGAUGAUCAUUUUUAAUCUAGUUUUGUGUAAUACACAUUUAUAUAAAAUAAAGUGUCUAGCUCAACAGCUAACAUAACAACAUUUAAAUUGAUGAAUGUAUAAUUAACAUAAAUAUAAUGUUACAUUGUAUAAUAAACAUAAUACAAUAUAGAAAUAAACCUUAAAUAUUUUA